CGAACAACUUUGCUAGGUUUAUCACAUCAGUGAGAGACGUGGAAAACAACGGAGGAGAUUGAUAAGUAACAUAGACAUAAGUGUACAGCUUCCAUUAGCGGUGUUGCAACACCGUUGCACAUUAAAUCCUAACGAUUAGAUACGAAAUAAUUCUGUCGUUUCUACAAACAAGCGUGUCACACAAUCACGGAACAGUGAGCGGCCUUUCAUUUGAAGCUGACCAGACUCCCAGAUGGAGGAGCUGCACCCCCACUGCCUGACAUGCGUGAACCGGAGGUGCAUGACGCGGCCGGAGCCGGGGGCCUCGUGCGACCUGAUGGGCUGCCCGCUGGUGUGCGGCGCCGUCUACCACUCCUGCAAGGCCGGCGAGCACCGGCUGCUCUGCCCGCUGGAGCGGGUGCCCUGCCUGAACAGCGGCUUCGGCUGCCCGUUCACGCUGCCCCGCGGGCGCCUGGCCGAGCACCUGAGCACCUGCCCGGCCAGCGUGGUGUGCUGCACCAUGGAGUGGAACCGCUGGCCGGUCAGCUACGCCGACCACAAGUCUUACGAGCACCUGAGCUGCGGGGGCGUUAGCGCCGGCGUCGGUAGCGACGGCUUCGGCGGCGGCGGCAACGAGGCGGAGCCCGUGGAGCAGCUGGACAUGGCGCUGGCGCUGCAGGACCAGCGCAUGCUGCUGGAGUCGCUCCGCGUCACCACCACCGUCACCAGAGCGGUCAAGGACGAGGGCCAGCCCCAGCCGCUGAUCCAGGAACAGCCCCUUCAGUACCACCAGCAGCAGCAGCCGCCACAACAACAACAGCAGCAGCAGCAGCAGCAGCAGCAGCAGCAACUUCAACAACAUCAGCAGCAGCAGACUCCGAGGCCUUCGUCGGUGGAGCUGACGCGCGGCCUGAUGGACAUGCAGCAGGAGUCGUACAGCGAGCUCUACAAGGCCUCGGUGGAGACCAGCCGGAGCCUGGCGGCGGCGCUGGACAUCCUGACCAACGCCAACAAGGAGAUCGACCUGCUCAUGGACAGCCUGGCCGACAAGGAGCCGCGCAACGGCACGCGCCACCCCGCGGGGGAGCUCAACGGCGAGCGGCGGCUGGGCGGCGGGAGCAAGGACGUCGUGGAGAACGUGGAGAUGAAGGACGGCGACUCGGACUCGGAGUGCGAGCUGGGGGCCGUGGGAGGGGCGGACCUCAACCACGCCAACGGCAUGAGCUGGGAGAGCCACAACGGCUUCGGCAAGGCCGUCGAGGUCAUCGUGGACGGACGGGACGGCGACGCGGACGAGGGGCGGGAGACGCAGUGCGUCAAGUCCCGGCGGAAGGAGAGGCCCCUGUGCAACGGCUUCCACCGCCCGGAGAGCCGAGGGGCCCUCCACCACCACCACCGGCGGAGCCAACACAGGCUGCAGGCCGGCGGGCAGAACGGCUCGUCCGACCACCAGGCCGAGGUGGUGCUCCACUCCAGGCCCGUGGUGGUGGUGGAGCCGGCCAUAGCCCACCACGCCACCUUCUCCGUCCCGUGCUUAUCGCUGCCAGUGCAGAAGGCGCUCCCUCAUCCGGACCAGAGGGCCCUCCCUUUAAGCCACCACCACGGCACGGCGGAGGAGGACCGGGAAGGGCUGUACAGGAACGGGGAGGGGCUGCUGCAGCCGCUGGUGGUGGUGGAGGCGGACGACCUGGGACUGGAUCUGGACGAGGCGCUCCAGCCGCUGGUGGUGGUGGAGGACGGGGAGCUCCAGGUGGACGAGGCCGAGCUGCCGCCGCUGGUGGUGGGGGAGGAGCUGGAGGACGUGGAGCUGCAGCCGCUGGUGGCGGAGGCGGCCGAGGAGCUGGAGGGCGCGGCGGUGGCCGUCGGGCCGCCAGUCAACGGGGAAGGGGCGGUCGGCGGCGGGACGGACGGUGCCGACCGCUGGCUGGAGCGCAAGCUGCACAGCCUCCAGGUGCUCCAGGGCGUGUUCAACUUCAACGGGCGGCGCGCCGUGCCCUGCUACCGCCUGGGCUACCGCAGCAAGAUGGAGGACAAGGCGGUGGACACGCUGGACCUGGAGGUGUCCGACGACCCCAUGGGCCUGCACGGCAUCGACCUGAUCACGGCGGCGCUGCUCUUCUGCCUGGGCGACUCGCCGAGCGGCCGCGGCAUCUCCGACAGCCGCUUCGUGGACGGCUACCGCAUGGACUUCGGCACGCAGACCUUCUCCUUCCCGUCGGCCAUCCUGGCCACCAGCACCAUGGUGGGCGACAUCGCCUCGGCGUCGGCGUGCGACCACGCCAGCCCGCAGCUGUCCAACCCGAGCCCGUUCCACACGCUGCGGCUGGACCUGGUGCUGGAGUGCGUGGCGCGCUACCAGACCAAGCAGCGCUCCAUGUUCACCUUCGUGUGCGGCCAGCUGUUCCGCCGCGACGAGUUCUCCUCGCACUUCAAGAACGUGCACGGCGACAUCCACGCCGGCCUCAACGGCUGGAUGGAGCAGCGCUGCCCGCUGGCGUACUACGGCUGCACGUACUCGCAGCGCCGCUUCUGCCCGUCCGUGCAGGGCUCGCGCGUGGUCCACGACCGCCACCUGGGCUCCUUCGGCGUCCAGUUCAACGUGCCGCCGCUGCCCUCGCCCGGGGGGAGCGUGGGCGCCAAGCGCAAGACGUGCCAGUACGGGAACACGUGCGACCACCUGAGCACGCUGCCCUUCGAGGUGCUCCAGCACGUGGCCAGCUUCCUGGACGGCUUCAGCCUGUGCCAGCUGUCGCGCGUCUCCCACACCAUGCGCGACGUGUGCGCCAGCCUGCUGCAGGGCCGCGGCAUGGUGGUGCUGCUCUGGCAGAAGGGGCGCCAGCCCAACGGCUCCAACUCCUGGCAGAUCAAAGAAAAGGUGUGGCGCUUCAGCACAGCCUUCGGCACGGUGAACGAGUGGAAGUUUGCCAACAUCUCCAGCAUGGCCGACCACCUGAAGACGUGCAAGUACAACACGGUGGCGCGGCGCGAGGAGGCCAUCCCCCUGCCCUGCAUGUGCUUCACCCGCGAGCUGACCCGCGAGGGACGCUCGCUCCGCUCCGUCCUCAAGCCAGUGUUAUAACACACACACACACACACACACGCAGAGAUAAACACACACACACACACACACACACACACGAACACAUAGAUUCAAACACUCCGGUUGAACUGUUGCAACAAUUCAUCACGCAGACGCAAACACUAUCUUCUGA